GCGGGGCUCCCCCUCCGCCGCAAGGCCGCGCUCGAGCUGGGAGCAGGCACCGGCCUCGUGGGCCUCAUGGCCGCCAGCCUCGGUGCAAACGUUACAGUUACUGAUCUCGAUGAAGUUCAGGAUUUGCUGAAAAUGAACAUUGAGAAUAAUCGGCAUCUUAUCACGGGUUCCAUUCAAGCCAAGGUACUGAAAUGGGGUGAAGAAGUAACAGACUUCCUUCCGGCACCUGAUUAUAUCCUGAUGGCAGACUGCAUCUACUACGAAGAGUCACUGGAGCCGUUGCUCAAGACUCUGAAGGACCUGGCUGGCCCUGAGACUACCAUCCUUUGCUGCUAUGAAGAAAGGACUAUGGGGAAGAACCCAGAGGUGGAGAAAAAAUUCUUUGAGCUUCUUCAGAGGGACUUUGAUCUGGAGAAGGUUCCCUUGGAGAAGCACGAUGAGGAGUAUCGGAGCGAGGACAUCCAUAUAUUCAUCAUCAGAAAGAAGAAAACGACUUUUCCAUCAUGACGGCUUCUUCAAUGACGCUCUGGGAACUGGGAAGGAUAGAGCCAAGAGCUCUUCACAGAGACUUUGCAGAGCAUCUCUUUGGCAAAAGUGGAUCAUCGAGCCAUCUCCUCCUAAGAUGAGACACGCAGUCUGCUUUCUUGAAAGAGCUGCAGACUCAAGGCUCUGGCUUACCUUUCGACAAGGGCGCUGGCUGCAGAAGAAGAAGAAAAAAGAAGGCUUAUGACGCCAGUGAACACAAAUGGGUAACUCUGAGUCACACGGGUGGCUAAGUGUUUUGUACACAUUUUCCAGCUACUUCUGAGUAACAAUCUGCCUUGCUAGUUACAGUUUCCGAGAAAUUUUGUUAUGUAAGUAGGGUGAUUUAUUAAACUCUUGUUCCUAAUGCAUUCUCGAAAA